AUGGCUUUCCCUGUCCCUGCAGCCAUCACUGGGGUCUGUGAUGUGCUGUCCUGGGCUGGCCGGGCGCUGCUGGCCCCAAACCUGCAGCAUGAGCAAGUCCGUAGGCCAGCCGCUGUUGUGGUGGGAGAGUCUCUGGCUCCGGCAUCUGCAGAGGAAGAUGCUGGUCCCAAGGCUCUGAUUAAACAGGCCACCACACAGUCUGUCGUUGCUGGACUUGUUCCUGCUGCUCUUGGAGUGGUUGAGAAAGGACGCCCAGAAUUCGAAGGAGACAAAUAUGACAAUGUUCUGUGUAUGAACCACAGCGCCGAGUAUGGAGGCCCUUUAAGGGCACAAGGCAAUUUCAGUUCUGGAACUGUGGUUGUUGGUGAAGCUCACCUGCCUUUAGGUAGCAGCAGCAGACGACUCAGGUUCUCGAAGCCAGCACCAAUGUUCUUGGAUGAUUCCUUCAGGAAAUGGGCACGUAUCAGGGACUUUGUACCCCCCUUUGGAAUUAAAGGACAAGAUAAUCUGAUCAAAGCCAUCCUGUCAGCAACCAAAGAUUACCGUCUAACUCCAGCUCUUGACAGUCUCAGCUGCCGGCGAUGUAUUAUUGUGGGAAAUGGUGGAGUACUUGCAAAUAAGUCGUUGGGGUUAAAAAUAGAUGACUAUGACGUUGUUGUCAGGCUGAACUCGGCUCCAGUGAAGGGCUUUGAAAAAGAUGUGGGUGGCAAAACAACUCUCCGGAUCACAUACCCUGAAGGUGCAAUCCAGAAAAUGGAGCAGUAUGAGAAGGAUUCCCUGUUUGUUCUGGCGGGAUUCAAAUGGCAGGAUUUCAAGUGGCUGAAAUACAUUGUUUACAAGGAGAAAGUGAGUGCCUCAGAUGGUUUUUGGAAGUCAGUGGCAACCCGUGUCCCAAGAGAACCUCAUGAGAUACGUAUCCUGAAUCCCUACUUCAUCCAGGAGGCAGCAUUCAGCUUCAUCGGACUGCCUUUCAACAACGGCCUGAUGGGCAGAGGGAACAUCCCCACCUUGGGAAGCGUAGCAAUAACCAUGGCGCUCCACAACUGUGAUGAGGUGGCAGUAGCUGGGUUUGGCUAUGACAUGAGUUCACCCAAUGCACCACUGCACUACUAUGAGAACAUCAAGAUGUCUGCCAUCAAAGAGUCCUGGACGCACAACAUCCAGCGGGAAAAGGAGUUCCUGCGGAAGCUGGUGAAAGCCCGUGUCAUCACUGACCUAACCAGUGGGAUUUGAGUGGCUGGAGCCACUGCCUCCAAGGGAGGAGACGAAGAUGCACGCUGCAGCUCUGGGAGCAAGC